GCACCUAUAAGGGAUCAUAGCUGUCACCUGGAUUCACCUGAUAUUUACAAUGAACCACACACAUGAUUGUGUGGAUGACAACCCAGAAACCAUGAAUGAACUAGAUGAGUCUGACCACUCAGGAACCACACACUACCCAGAAUUUCAGCUCCAUAAUGUCUCCACUACGACGAGCAUCAGACCACAACCAGGUGGGCGAGUGCGGCUCUACUCCGAGUCCCAGGUGUGCUCYCAGGUUGGCAGAAGGGACAACACAGAGUUUCAGGAUGCAAUGACUCCUACUGAGGAGGGCGGGGGCGAUGGGGCUCCUUUCCGAAGUCGAUCACAGUCUGCUCCUCCUACACUGUGGGCUGCAAAGAAAUAUGGCCGCCAGCUGAGGAGGAUGAGUGAUGAAUUUGACACCUGGCUCGACAAAGGGGAGCCCAAGAGAGGGAUUAGCCCAGGAGGGGUCAAGCAGGAGGUCUCCCGAGGAUGGUUCUCUUUCCUCUGGAGUCCAAAAGAGGCCAAAGGCAGGGAGUGAAAAAUCAAUACAGUUUUUACCUCUUUCAGAGACCCAGCCAAGGCAAGAAGGAGCUCAUAUAAUUUCCAUAACGACUGAACCACAGCUGAAAUAUUCACGUCCCAUGUGCAUACUUUUGCAGAAAUUACAGUAUUUUUAUGGAAAAUAUCACCAGUUCAAAUGUGACUUUUGUACAAUCAAAUCAAACGUUAUGCAAAAAUUCACUGCAUAAUUGAWAAUAUGUUGCAAUAAUUAACAAUAAGUUAUUCACUGCAUAAUAGAUGCAUUUUCUAAGCGACAAUCUCUUGUGCUACUGACAUAUUUAUAACAUAUGUAUAAAUACGUAUAACAAAUAUUUCCAGAGAAAUUUCAUAAAUUGUUCUAUUGAAGAUGUUCUACAUUUGUAGGUAUGAAUUUCAAGAUCUAAUAAUCAAUGKUUUGAAAUUCACAAAAUGUAAAUAUACUUUUGAGAUUCUUAAAAUAUGAAACCUGUGAAAGAACAACUGAUCUGUGAUGACAAUAAUUAUUAGACAUAUGUUGUAUGUUGAACACAAUUUUCUAUUAUACAUUUCUUUCCCGAUUUCAAUCGUUAGCUAAGCUAGUCUAUUGAAUGCUUUAGUCUGCAAAUACAUAACGAAUUCUGACUUCACAUAAGCUCUUAACUCUUCAAGUCAGGGUUUUGACAUUCUACAAUUAUCCUCAUACAUACUUUGACUGGUACACUCAGUUUAUUUUGGUAUUUAUCUUAAACUUAGACUGUACAUUUCAUAAUAUUCUUUCAUUUGCAAUCAUCUUUAAUUUCUUCUGUAUAUUUUUUCAAUUGUAGAUUGUGCAUACGGAUAUUUAAAACAAAAAUGAAGACAUAUUUACAAUCCAGGCCAUAUACGCCCUUCUCAACUGCAAAUAUUGAGAAGGGCGUAUGCAAUAUGCAAAUAUUCUGAAUACUGUUAAGUCUUCGGUUGAAGAAAUAUGAGUGUAUAGGGMAGUCUGGUGUAGAACAACUAUGGUCACUGACUUCAGUUAUAACUGAUAUUCUACUUGAAACUUUGUGUGUAUCUUAACAUUUUGAUAUYUCCCCUUUUCAUUAACUGUUAACUGUUUUUACAUAUUUUUUAUGUUAUGUUAUGUUAACAGAUUAAAUUAUUGAAAAUUGCUUAUUAAAACUAGUGAUGCACCGAUAUGACAUUUUUGGCCAAUACYAAUAUCCAAUAUUUUCCUUACCAAAAGACCCGAUACGGAUAUUUAAAAUUGUAGAGUUCUUUUAAGCAUUCUAAUACAGUUAACUAGUUAACACACACAUGGACGCAGCGGUCUAAGGCACUGCAUCUCAGUGCAAGAGGUGUCACUAC